AUGAAGUUCACCGUCCUCGUCGCCUCCGCCUUUGCCUCCACGGCUUUUGCCCAGACUUUCCAGCGUCUGGGCGGCUGUCCCGAGCUCGGAUGCAUCUUCCCACCGGACAAGGCCGAGUUCUUGUCUGGACAGUUCUUCGACAUCCGUCUUGAAGUGCACUCGCCAGUCAACGGAUCCGAAGCCCGUGUCGGUGACCCGGACGAGAAGUUCACAUUCACCAUUGAGCGUAAGGGACGCGGACACCAGCGACCAGAGCCAGCCACUAAGUUCUUCAAGACUGAAGAGCCCAAGCUUGAGAAGUGGCAGUUCUCCUGGUACGAAGAUCUCUUUGCCAAAGAUGCAAAGAAACCCUCCGUCGUCAAUGUCGCCUCCAAGGCCUUCCGCCGUGUCAGUCUCGACCGUCCCGGUAUCUACGAGGCUGUCCUGACCUACUACAAUGGCAAGAAAACCACUGCCACUUGGGAGGUCAAGGAGCUGCGCACCCGCCGUCGUGCUAAGAAUGUCAUCCUCUUCAUCGGUGAUGGCAUGACUACCAACAUGAUUACUGCUGCUCGUCUGAUGGCCCAUCAAUCCAUCAACGGCAAGUACCAGUCCAAGAUGCAAAUGGACCAGUUCCCCGUCCUUGGUCACCAGAUGACCCAUUCCAUGGACUCCUUCAUCACCGACUCUGCCAACUCGGCCACUGCCCUUUACACCGGCCACAAGUCCACCGUCAACGCAUUGAACGUCUACCGUGAUUCCUCCAAGUCUCCCUUUGACGACCCCAAGUUCGAGACUAUUGCCGAGAUCUUCCGUCGUGUCCAUCCUGGUGCCGGUAUUGGUAUCGUCUCUACUGCUCACUUGUCCGAUGCUACCCCGGCUGCUCUGACUGCCCACACCAGUGACCGUGGCCAGAGUGCUCAUGUUAUCGACACUUACUUCCACGGUCUGUCUAACUACACCUGGACUCAAUGGGAUGGCCCCGAUGUUCUCUUUGGUGGCGGUGCCGAGGACUUCCUCCCCAACGAUGACAACAAGAAGCAAAACUACUAUGAGAUGUUCAAGAAGAAGGGAUACUCUCUCUUUUGGAACGCCACCGCUCUCGCCCAGGCCUCCAACGAUGAUCGUGCCCUUGGUGUCUUCUCCACCAGCGUCAUGGCCAAGUGGCUCGACCGCAACGUCUACAAGGACAACCUCAAGAACCAGAAGAACUACCCCGACGGCUCCGACAAGGAUGCCGAUGACCAGCCCGGUCUCAAGGAGAUGACCCUCAAGGCCAUUGAUAUCCUCCAUACCCGUAACCGCAACAACCGCGAGAGCCGUGGCAAGGGUUUCUUCCUCAUGUCCGAGGCCGCCAGCAUCGACAAGCAGAUGCACACCAUGGACUACGACCGCGCACUCGGCGAGCUUCUCGAGCUUGAUGACACCAUCCGUGCUACCAUUGCCAAGCUCCGUGCUCUAGGUGAAUUGGAUGAUACUCUCAUUGUUGUCACCGCUGACCACGGCCACGGCUUCGAUGUCACUGGCUCCGUCGACACCAAGUACCUCGCCGAGCAGAAGUCCGACCGCGAGAAGCGUAAUGCUAUUGGUACUUACUACAACUCUGGUCUAUCCCAAUACACCGUCCAGAAGCAGGGCUCUCUCAAGUACUCUGAGGGCGUCCACUUCCCCGCUCAGUGGGAUCCCCGAUACACUCUCCACAGCGGCCUUGGUGCCCACCCUGACAAGCGUGAGAACUACCAAGUCCACAAGGACGGCCCUCGUCUUCCAGCCACUGCCGCCCGCGGAUCCAAGGACUACUACGUCAACUACAAGGAUGCCGUCAGCGGCUUCAUCGUCAACGGCACCAUUGCUCCCGACGAAGGCCAGGGCGUCCACUCUCUCACUGAUGUCCCUGUCUUCGCCAUGGGACCGUGCCAGGAGGACUUUGGCGGCGUCUACAACUCCGUUGAUGUCUUCUUCCGUAUGGCUCAGUGCCUUGGUCUCAGCAAGACCAGAUGGUAA